UAUCUUUGAUCAUAAAUGCUAAGGUUACCUAUAAUCGUAGCUUUUUGUUUAUUUAAUAGGGAACUGGAGAAGAUGAAGGAGGAUGCUAAACUAAAGAAUCUGCCACCGGUGUACACAGGUAAAUGGGCCAGCGCAAGAGAUGAGGAAGUUGAAGAAGAGCUGGCAAAAGGGACUCCUUAUACAUACCGGUUUCGAGUCCCUAAAGGAAGUUUAAAAAUUAAUGACUUAAUUCGAGGCGAAGUUAGUUGGAACUUGGAUACACUUGGAGAUUUUGUGAUAAUGAGGAGUAAUGGCCAGCCUGUUUAUAACUUCUGUGUAACGGUAGAUGAUGCUACCAUGGCAAUUUCCCAUGUUAUCAGGGCAGAGGAGCAUUUACCAACACUCUAAGGAGGCAGAUUAAUAUAUAAGGCAUUAGGAUUUCCCAUGCCUUUCUUUGCACAUGUUUCCUUGAUUUUAGCUCCUGAUCGGAAAUUAUCAAAACGACAUGGAGCAACACAGUGGGAAGGUGAGUUCCGGGAGAUGGGAUACCUACCGGAAGCAAUGGUGAAUUACCUAGCAUUAUUAGGUUGGGGAGAUGGCACUGAAAAUGAGUUUUAUACUCUUGAUCAACUUGUUGAAAAAUUCACUAUUGAACGUGUUAAUAAAAGUGGUGCUAUCUUUGACUCAACGAAGUUAAGGUGGAUGAAUGGUCAACAUUUAAGAGGACGUCCAUUGGAGGAGUUGACCAAACUUAUUGGAGAGUACUGGAAGACAUCUGGCAUAGUCACAGUAUCAGCUGGACCUUUUAUUGAUGAAACUGUUCAACUACUUAAGGAUGGGAUUGACUUGAUAAAUGAUGCAGACAAGGCCCUUACUAACUUGCUUUCUUAUCCUUUGCAUUCUACUUUACAGAGCGAUGAAGCAGAACCUCUCUUGCAAGAUAAUCUUUCUGAGUUUGCCGAUAGCCUAUUGGCAGCCUAUGAUAGUGGUGAUAUGGUGGCAGCACUUGAAGACGGCCAUGCCGGCUGGCAAAAGUGGGUGAAAGGCUUUGGUAAAUCGCUUAAGCGGAAGGGAAAAUCACUUUUCAUGCCUCUUAGAGUUCUGUUGACUGGAAAACUUCAUGGACCUGACAUAGGGGCAAGUGUUGUAUUGCUCUAUAAAGCUGGAAUUAGUGAUGUAGUGGCUCCUGAAACUGGCUUUGUGACAUUGGAUGAAAGAUUCAAAAUGCUUAGGCAAAUCAACUGGGAGACAUUGCCCAAGGAUCAACCUGUCAAAGAGACUGCUGCUUCUGUCUAACUGAGAUUUCACUAUCAAGGUCUAUCAAAUAAAACCAUGGUUUUUUACACUACUGUUUCAUGCAAAUUUGAGUACAGAAAUGUUUUUUUUUUUGUAAUUUUUCCGAGGGGUCUUGUUCAGGCUUAAUAAUGAGUUUCAUUUUUUAUAUAUAAACGUUUGUUUCAAUGUGA